AUGCAUGAAAAUGUCCAUGCAGUGAUUAACGGUGGCCUCAUUAUUAGUCAACCCAAAAAGUUAUGCUUGGCUGAUUACGAGUCUUUGCAUGAUGAUGUUACUAAUCCUAUAGAAAUCGUUGAUCCCGUGAUUAAGAGCCUUCUUUCUGAUGCUAAGUUGGUUGGCUCGGUCAAUGGCUUGGUAUGCUUUUGUUUAAGAAAUUAUGAUGUGAUAUUGAUGAAUCCUUCUACCAGGAAGUGGAUCACGCUGCCCGUGGAACCGCAUGAGCUGCGGCGUAAAUUUUUUAAUCAUGAUUUUGGGGUACUUAAAGGCGGAUUUGGAUAUGAUCCUGUGAGUGAUGAUUACAAGUUUGUGAAAUUGAGAAUGUCUGAUAAUCCUUUUGGUAAAAUUAUUGUCACGGUGUAUAGUGCUAGAACUAAUUCAUGGAAACAUAUUAGGAAUGCUAGGUUAUCGAGAAAUGUUUAUUUGAAAGAUGAAUGGGGGAUGUUUGCAGGUGGAGCUCUGUACUGGAAGGCAAGAGAUUUUGGGAAAAAGAGUGAAAGAGGAAAAGGUAGUGAAAUCAUUGUUGGUUUCGAUCUCGGGCUAGGACAGUUUAGGGCGGUUGCUUCGGAUAGUAAUUGUUGGAGUCUGCGUGAUUUUGGAGGCUAUCUUUACACCCUUGAUAACUCCAAAUCUCGUGUAGAUGUGUUUCAGAGGAAUUACCAUAGCGCGGAAAAUCCUUGGUCCACGGCAUUCUCAAUUAUGGGUAGAAAUGUAUUUGGAGUCAAUGGUGUUAGACCUCUUAUGUAUUCAGAGAGUCUUGGGGAAGUUCUUAUCCUUGUCGAUUGCAAAAGGCCUGUGUGGUACCACCUUGAAAGUGAGAGAGUUAAGAAAGUUAGGCUUAAUCGGAUUCGAAGAUUGAUCACAUCGGAUGCAGAAUUUUACACUGAGAGUCUAUUUCAAUUCCCCAAAGACAGGGAGCCGCAGAAUCUAUUACAUGAAAUAAGUGGGACGAAGCAACAACAGAAAAAGAGGGAAACAACAGCUGAAGUGGCGAAUUCAAAGAGGAAAAAACGGCUGAAUUGA